CCCUCUCUCUAAACUGGGGCUAUCCUUGGGCUCUCACGUGUGAAACCAGCCAGUCUCCAGCAGGGCUGAACGCCGCUGCUUGUCCCCCACCCUCUCACACUCCAGGCACUGGCCCAGCCUCAGGCGCCCUGGGGAGGGGCUCAGAACCAGGCAGGGUAGCAGCACCCAUGCCCCGCGUGGCCCCUGAUGUCAGAUUUCCAAAUGAGUACGGUGCGGAGACAGCAUCCUCACUGCAGCUACUGCGGGCCUGUACCACCAGCAGCUGUGCAGGGGUGUCCGGGGCCCAGCCCCUUGCCUUGGCCCCCUCCUGGGGCACUCUGCCUCCCCAGCGCCCACUCCCUUUCUCCUGCCUUGCCAGCGGCUGUGCACCAGGGGGCUCUGGGGCCUGGGCAAGGAGCCAGAGCUCAGCCAAGCUCCGCUGGGCGUGCGCUCCUCCCCCCGGAACGGGUAUGGUCCGCUCCCAGCAUCGAGCGGCUCGGAGCAUCCUCAAGGUACCACGGGCGCAUUGAAUUAGCCGCAUCCCGGAGGAGGCACAGGGAGCGGAGCCGUCUGCAGGGCGCCCGGGGCACCUGGGCACACAGGGGAGCCCAUCCCAGAGUCUCUCCAGCUCUGGCAGCGAUCGUGGAAGGAUCCCCAUGAAGGGCGAAACCCCCGUCAACAGUACCAUGAGCAUCGGGCAGGCCCGCAAGAUGGUGGAGCAGCUCAAGAUUGAGGCCAGCAUGUGCCGGAUAAAGGUAUCCAAGGCAGCAGCUGAUCUGAUGACAUACUGUGAUGCCCACGCCUGCGAAGACCCACUCAUCACCCCAGUGCCCACCUCUGAGAACCCGUUCCGCGAGAAGAAGUUCUUCUGUGCCCUGCUCUGAGCCCUGCCUGCCCCACCCCUCAGCUACAGCCACCGUGUAAUCCCCAUUCUUAGCCUCUCCCCCGACCCUGCCUGGGUGAUUGGGCACAACUUCCCAGGUAGGGCCUGACCCACCACCAAACUCUCAGGCCCUCCUAGAACCAACUUUGGAGCUGGGUGUUUGGCUGGGACCACUCCCCAACCCACACAAACUUCCACAGACAGGGCACUUGCCCAGAGCACAAGCCCCCGAAGCCCCUCCCCUUCAGGGGGAACCCACCCCACCCCUACUCCACACACAUCAAAGCAGGAGGGGGUUUCACACCUCGCCCCAGCAGGAGUCACACCAAGACCUGCUCCUCUCUCGAGGCCUGGGGCAGCUGAAGCUGCAGGCCCAUCCCCAGCAGCAUCACAGACCCCGAAUCACCCCAAUUCCAUUAGGAGGGAGGGUGUUAGCUCCCAGCCUGCUGCUCCUGGGUGCCAAAGGGGGAAAGAGGCCCAAUCUCCUUCCCUCAGGGCUGGAGGGGCAGCGCCCAGAUUGCAGGGCUCAGCCGCCUCACACAAUGUAAACUGAGACUUUGAGAAUAAAGUAACAGGAGGCACAGAGCCCGGGGUGGCAUCAGUGUUAUAGCGGCACCAGAAGCAGUGCUUGAGGUGAGGCUGACAUUAGGGGGCCUGGGUUGGGGGGAUGGGGUGGGCAUGGGCAGUGCCAUCAGCAGAGGCUGGCAGGAGGUGGAUAGGAACACUGGCUAGGGCUUGUUUGUGGGGUGGGCAGGGGGCACUUUUGGGACUAGAGGCCUAGCUUGAGCAAAGAGUGAGGGCCAGCGCAGUGCCAGGGGCUUUGCUGACAGCGAGGCCCCGCCCAGUCUGUAUGGGGAGUGGGCAGCCUCCAGCAAUGGCGCCUGGUGGUGGGAGCAAUGCCCAGGAUAUAGUCCCCAGAACCAGUCACCAUCCCAGUGGAGAUUGCUCAGGGACCCCAGGAGGGAAGGGAGCAGCCCAGACACUCCCUAAUCCCCUGCCCAAUUCCCAGCCCUUGGGAAAGCUCAGGGGCUUCCUACACACACAAUAAUCCACCCCACCCCAAAAACAGCACCUGGCACCCCUCCCCUCCCCGCCAGUCCCUGUCCCAGUGC